AGCAGCGAAACUCCGGUCGCGUCACAUCAGAGUCUAUUAUCGUCUUCUUCUUUCUUCUGCUGCUUUCAGGGAGAGUGAAAGAGAGCUCCGAUGAACUCUGUGCUGCUCCCUGUCCUUCCAUCUUUGUCCAGACCGCAGGCCAUAAGCUCCCAACUCCACCAUCCUGCUCGCCGCUACUCGCACCCGCGGUCUCCGCGGUGCUGUUGCUGUUCCACGCUCACAGCUAGAAGACCUUUCCUCUCUCUUCCUCUUCUUCCCACGGCCACUGCAGCUACUCUUGACGGUCCCGGAGACACUUUCCGCUGCCACGCCAUGUCAAUUGAAGCUCCGGAAUCAACUCCUCAGUUGCAGGAUAGCUUAUUGUACUCGAGAGCAUAUUGGGUUACGGAAUCAUUGAUUGCUUGGGAUGUUGAUGGAGAUGUUUCAUGCUACUUAUAUGGCAGCAGAACUGCAGCAUUAGCCUUGACUGAUGAUGGUAUUCAAGGCUACGAAGAGAAAAUCAAGCUUGAACGAUUGAGUGGGCUUCCUGUAAAAGUUACUGAAAAGUUUCCUCAUAUUCGAGACUACAUUGCUUAUCAGUUACCCGCUGAUGUGGAUGUGAAAAGUCUCCUCAAAUGCCAACUGGCAAUUGCCACUUAUGGAUUUGAUGGAAGGUGCUUCGGUGCCACUGGUCUUCAACUACCUGGAGUCCUGGACGAGUUGUUUUCAUACACUGGUCCGCUUGGAGCCGUGUUCUCAGAGGAAGGGAUCUCACUUUACCUUUGGGCUCCAACUGCACAAAAUGUCAAAGCUCACAUUUAUAGUGAUCCCUUGGGUUCUGAUCUGCUGGAAAGUCUCCAACUUGAGGAGAUUGAUGGGGUUUGGAGCAUUAGUGGGCCCAGACAUUGGGAGGGCUGCUAUUAUGAGUACGAAGUUUGCAUAUAUCACCCCAGUACCUUGCAAGUUGAGAACUGCUCUGCAAAUGAUCCUUAUGCUAGAGGGCUCUCAUCAGAUGGGAGGAGGACCCUCAUAGUGAAUGCCUGUUCUGACACUUUAAAACCUGAACUGUGGGAUAAUUUGGUCAAUGAGAAGCCGCAACUUUCAUCUUUCUCUGACAUAAGUAUUUAUGAGAUGCACAUCAGGGAUUUCAGCGCCAAUGACCAUACAGUGAAACCAGAGCUUCGUGGUGGUUAUCUAGCCUUCACUAUGGAGGAUUCAGCAGGCAUGCUUCAUCUUCAGAAAUUAUCUGGGGCUGGUCUUACCCAUGUCCACCUGCUGCCAUCUUUCCAAUUCGCAGGUGUUGAAGAUGAGAAGAAUAAAUGGAAAUGUGUUGAUACCAAGAAGUUGGAGCAACUGCCUUCAGAUUCGGAGGAGCAACAAGCUCAGAUUACAGCAAUCCAAGAGGAAGAUGGAUAUAACUGGGGGUACAAUCCUGUUCUUUGGGGGGUGCCUAAGGGAAGCUAUGCUAGUAAUGCGAAUGGCCCGUGCCGUAUAAUUGAGUUCAGAAAGAUGGUUCAGGCGUUGAAUCGAGUUGGUCUGCGUGUUGUAUUGGAUGUCGUGUAUAACCAUUUGCAUGGAAGCGGGCCCUUUGAUGUGAAUUCUGUUCUUGAUAAGAUUGUUCCAGGCUACUAUUUGAGGAGGAACAAAAACGGUUUGAUCGAAAACAGUACCUGCAUCAACAACACUGCCAGUGAGCAUUUUAUGGUAGAGAGACUGAUUAUUGAUGAUCUGCUUCACUGGGCAGUCAAUUAUAAGGUUGAUGGGUUUCGGUUUGAUCUUAUGGGCCACAUAAUGAAACGCACUAUGCUGAAAGCAAAAUCUGCACUACAAGCUUUAUCAAAAGAGAGGGAUGCAGUUGAUGGUUCAAGUAUCUAUAUAUAUGGUGAAGGAUGGGACUUUGGUGAAGUUGCCAACAAUGGACGAGGUAUAAAUGCAUCACAGUUCAAUCUACCUGGAACAGGAAUUGGGAGCUUUAAUGAUCGGAUACGCGACGCUGUGCUUGGAGGAUCCCCAUUUGGCCAUCCCCUUCAGCAAGGGUUUGUGACUGGUUUGCUCUUGCAGCCUAAUGGACACGACCAUGGUACGGAAGCUGAUAUGAAGCUCAUGCUUGCCUCAUCGAAGGAUCACAUACAGAUCGGGAUGGCUGGAAAUUUGAGGGACUUCAUUUUUACAAAUUCCGAUGGCAAAGAGGUAAAAGGAUCUGAUGUUUUAACCUAUGGUGGAACACCUGUUGCAUAUACCCUCUCUCCAACGGAAACA